AUGGACAGAACGCACGGUGAGUUUAAAGUUAAACUUGACAUACCUUAUUUCGAUGGCAGGUUGCAUAUAGAAGACUUUUUAGAUUGGGAAAGAACCGUCGAAACCUUCUUUGAGUACAUGGACAUUGAUCCGGAAAGGCAAGUGAAAUACGUGGCAUGCCGGUUAACAGGGGGAGCUGGUGCUCGGUGGCAACAGCUGUUGCAAUCCAGGCGUCGAGAGGGGCGCGGGCCAGUGAGGAGUUGGCACCAGAUGAAGCAAAUGCUGCGUGGACAGUACCUACCAACUGAUUUUGAGCAAAUGUUGUAUGUCCAAUAUCAACAUUGUGUUCAAGGUAACAGAUCCGUGAAUGAGUACACCGAAGAGUUCUAUCGAUUAAGCGCCCGCAACAAUUUGAAUGAGAAUGCCAACCAACUUGUUGCCAGAUUUAUUGGUGGAUUGAAAGAGGCUAUCCAGGAUAAAUUGGUAUUAAAUGAAGUGUGGUCCUUAUCACAGGCUGUUAAUUAUGCUUUGAAGAUUGAAAUGCAGCUGCAGAGGCCGCACAGGGGAGGUCACUCGAGGCGGCCACCAGAGAAUGCAACAGAGAGUAGUAGACCAACUAGUGCUGUUACACCGCAAGGCAAUAAACAGCAAGGCUUGACAGCAGGAAAUGUUGUAUCGGCGGGAGCAGGAAAUCCUAACACAGAGCCUAAAGUGUGGCCGCGGGGGCGGGUAGCAGCGAAAGAUAAUCCUUACGUAAAGCCAGGAAAUAUCAAAUGCUUUAGGUGUUUUCAACAAGGUCACAAGUCGAAUGAGUGUCCGACUAGACCCCAGCUGCAAUUGGUAGAUGCUGAAGCAGACGAUGAAUUGGCUGACAAUGCAGAAGACUGUGAAGAAUCCCAUGAAGAUGUAGUUGGGGAUGAGGGUGAACAGUUGGUUUGUGUUAUAGAGAAGUUGCUGUUAGCCCCUAAAAUACCCAAUCCGUCACAAAGGCAUGCUUUGUUCAAGACUAAGUGCACCGUGGCUGGUAAGGUAUGUGACAUGUUGGUUGAUAGCGGUUGCACCGAGAAUGUUGUGUCUCGUGCAAUGGUGCAGGCGUUACAAUUGAAGACCACCAAAAAUCCCAACCCAUACAAAAUCAGCUGGGUUAAGAAGGGCAUGGAGAUGAUGGUGACAGAUUUGUGCCGGGUUUCAUUCUCAAUUGGAAAAAGUUAUUCGAGUGAAGUCUUGUGCGAUGUCAUUGACAUGGAUGUAUGCCACAUCAUUUUGGGUCGACCAUGGCAGUUCGACGUCGGAGCUUUAUACGACUGCAGAUCCAAUACGUAUGCUUUUGAUUGGAAUGGAAAACGGAUUAGAUUGCUGCCAGGAAUUUCGGGGACGGAGACUCCACGCGCAAAGGGAAAAACUGCUCUGUUUUCAGAUUCAGCAGCAGCUAUGAUUAAUGCUUGGCGUGAAACUUCAAGCAUUCUGGCAGUAAUUGUGAAAGAAGUUGCUCAAUCGUUGCCGCAGAAUCACUAUCCAGUGGAGUUAACGGAGUUAUUAUCACAGUUUGCGGAUCUCAGUCCAGCUGAAAAUAAGUUGCUGCAGGAGAUUGUUGAUGAUCUGUUAGACAAACAGUUAAUUCAGCAUAGUUUAAGUCCUUGCGCAGUGCCUGUGCUGUUGGUGCCAAAAAAAGAUGGGAACUGGAGGAUGUGUAUGGACAGUAGAGCCAUCAAUAAAAUUACAGUCAAGUUCCGUUUUCCUAUGCCACGAUUUGAAGAAAUGUUGGAACGCUUGGCCGGUUCAACCGUAUUCUCUAAACUUGACCUGCGGAGUGGUUACCACCAAAUCAGAAUCAGACCGGGUGAUGAGUGGAAGACUGCCUUUAAAACACGCGAGGGUCUGUAUGAAUGGAAGGUAAUGCCUUUUGGGCUGUGUAACGCUCCUGCUACCUUCAUGAGGCUGAUGAAUGAUGUAUUAAAGCCUUUUUUGAAUCGAUGUUGUGUGGCUUACUUCGACGAUAUACUAGUCUUCAGUGGCAGCUUUGAGGAGCAUUUGAAACAUUUAAAGGACAUUUUUGAAACUUUGCGACAUCAUAAAUUGUAUCUAAAUUAUGCCAAGUGUGAAUUUGCCACUCAAAUGGUGUCAUUUUUGGGAUUUAGAGUUUCAGCUGAUGGAGUUAGUGCCGAUCCACGCAAAGUCCAAGCUGUGCGUGACUGGCCAAAACCAACUACAUUCACGGAAGUGCGGUGCUUUCAUGGUUUGGCAAAUUUUUACAGAAGAUUCAUUAAGGGAUUUAGCAUAUUAAUGGCACCCGUAACCGAGUUGUUAAAGCAUAAAUCUUUCGUGUGGGGAGAAGAGCAGGACAAAAGCUUCAUAGCUAUUAAGGAGGCAUUAACACAGGCACCAGUGCUCGCCUUACCGAAUUUUGAAAAACCAUUCGCUGUGGAGACGGAUGCCUCAGCCAUUGGUAUAGGUGCUGUGUUGUCACAGGAGAAUAGGCCCAUUUAA